UUGGCUGGUGUGGGCUCUGCACUAGCACUGAAGCAGGCGGGACACCGAGUCACGUUACUGGAACGCGCGCCGGAGAUCAGACAGGUCGGCGCUGGGAUACAGCUGUCUCCCAAUGCCACCCGCAUUCUGGAAGAAUGGGGAGUUCUCGAGGAUGUUCUUGCCCAUGCUUACCAGCCAGAAACAGGCGGCCUACGUGCCUGGCGCGACGGGGCUGUUCUGUCCCCGGCGUUACCACCAGCCUCGAAGAUCAAAGAAAUCUACAGGUACCCUUACGUUGUAGUGCACCGUGCCGAUCUCCUGGAGGCCCUGAUCACCGCGGCCUCGAAGCACGACAUCGCUCUUCGGCUUAGCUGCGAAGUCACGAAGCUCGAGCUCUCCCAAAAGCCCGCAGUGUAUCUCGCCAAUGGGGACCGUAUCGAAGGAGACGUCAUCCUCGGUGCAGACGGCGAGCGUUCGUUCUGCCGGGAUGUUCUUCUCGGGCGACCUGACCCUCCCCAGCCUACUGGUGAUGUUGUCUUCCGCAUCGCCGUAUCACGCUCCGACAUCCUUGGUGAUAAGAACCAUCCGUCACGGGAGAUCAUGCAGCCCGGGAGUAUAAACGUGUGGAUGGGCCCCGACGCGCAUGCUGUGUCCUACGUUCUCAACAACAGCGACAUCCUGAAUGUGGUGUUGAUACGCAAGGACGAGACUCAGCGGCCAGAGGACGUCAUGUACGGUCCGCGCCCUGCGAGCCUUGAGGAGUUGCGUCGUGCCUAUGACGGCUGGGACCCGGCUCUCCAAGCGCUUAUAGGUGUGCCAGGAGAAACUGACUGUGCGAAAUGGAACUUGCUACGGAUCGACGAUGUCAAGAACUGGAGACACGAGGGCGGCUCCUUUGCUCUGAUCGGUGACGCUGCACACGCUAUGCCGCCUUUCUUGGCGCAGGGCGCUGCCCAGGCAUUUGAGGACGCUGCCGUUCUGGGGGCCAUCUUUGCACGAGUGUCAGAUAAGAUGCAAAUACCGCACGCGCUUGAGGUGUUUGAAGAGCUGAGGAAGCCAAGAGCGAAUGAAGUCAAAAGCCACACGCUGGCCAGGAAGGAAAUGUAUGGGCUUCAUGAUGGGCCAGAGCAAGAGGAGCGGGAUGGGAAGCUUGCCUUGGGCUCUGUAAAAGGGUGUCCAGACGAAUUGGCGGAUCCGGACUUUCAGAAGUGGCUCUGGGGGUAUGAUGCAGCAGCCGAUGGGGCACGGGCUUGGGAA